AUGGCAGCUAAAGUUGGCGAUAUUGACCAUGAAGAUAAUAUAUUAACAACAAAAUUAAAAUUAACUCGAAAUGAGUAUAAUGCAACAAUUCGAAAUAAAUUAGAAUAUAAUCGUUUAAGAGUAAUUGUUAAAUAUAUUAAUGAACAAAGUGAUUCAGCAGCAUCAAAACAACGAACAACGACUCAUAAUCUUAAAAGAUGGUUAAAUGAUAAUCAAACAGUUGUAUGCAAUACUGACGAAUUUUUCUUCAAUAGAAAGAUAAAUAUAAAAUAUGAGCAAAACGUAGCUCAUGCAGCUGUAAAAGAACAAGAAUUUAUAAAGAAAGUACGAAAAGAGAAGAGUGAACAAAUUGAACAUUUUGAUAUUUCAGAAAAAGAAUUUUAUCGAUUUGGCGUACGAGUAAAUUCAUUUAAUCCUCCUGUUCCUCGUCAACGUCCAAUUAGCAUCAAUGCGGGUGCUCGUCCCAAUCGUGUUCAAUCUGCCGGAUCCGCAUUGUUAAAACGGCCAUCAACCGCUCCAAUAAAAAUGUAUAACGGUGAAUUGAGUGACGAAGAUACAAGUGAUGACGAAAUAACUCGUUCUCGUAUUCAAUCAACUACUCUUAAUUCACGUAUAACAUCCAGUGUGCAUUCAACACCUACUGUACUCUCGCAUCAUCCACAAUCUUCUUUAGAACGAGAUUAUUAUGACGAUAACAAAUCAACCACUGAUCAUUCAAAUACAAAAAUAUCGUGGCCAGUUAGAUUACGCGUCUUUGCUCUGCAAGAUGAAGAUGAAGCAAGAAAACAAUGGUUAGCAUGGAAAGCAGAACAACGAAAGGCUAAACGACGUAAUAGUAAACAGUUUUUGGAUGUCGAACUUGAACGUCAAUAUCGUGAAUCAAUUCGUCGUCGUCAAGAAAUUGAAGCGUUUCUUACGCCAGAAAUAAUUGAAAAUGCAAAACUAAAUGAUCCUAUAUUUGCUAAACGUUAUAGACAACUGAAAUUAGCUGUGAAAGCUGGAAAAUUACCGGCAUAUGAUCGAAACGAUACAGAAAUAAAUUUAACAAUGACAAAGUCAAAAAUAGAACGUGCACGAACAGCAUUAAUAUCAGCUAAACAAUCAAAAAUCAAAAAUAUUUAUCGAGCGCAACAAAUAAAUAAUGAUAAAAAUUUAUCGAGACGAAUCGAAUUUUUUUUGAAAAAUUUAGAAAACUUCAGAAAUGAACAAACAGUGUAG